UACUCGCCGUCCGUAUUAACACUUCCGUGCGAAAUUGAUGUUCUCGGUAGCUGCGGAUUGGAAUAGGAGAGAAAAAAAACAUCAAAUGGUUUUUUUUCUCAGGACGGCACACACACACACACACACACGCACAGUUGUCAAUCAAAAAUCGGCCAAACAUCACGUAGAUUUGGGAACAGAGGUGUUGUUAAUCGAUUGAUAAUAAUAUUUGGAAUAUUCGCCCAGUCGAGUGUCUACGACCCCACGGACCACGAAAGGAAAAUCCAGCACGUCACCCUAAUAUGAAUGAUAGCAGCGCCGACGACACCAACAAGUUCGCGCAUCCCAAGACCAAAGCCAACCCCAUAUCGAACCUAUUUUUCUGCUGGGGCCUGCCGAUACUCUACAGGGGAUGGGUAAAAGAGUUCGACGAAGAAGACCUCUACGACCCGCUAGCCGACCAUCGGUCGCACAAGUUGGGCGACAAGCUCGAAGAAGAAUGGAAACUGGAAAAGAUGCGUAACUCGGAACCUGCCCUCUUGCGCGCCAUGUGGCGCAUGUUUUGGAAAGAGAUUUUGGGAUAUGGGAUGGUGCUUUUCGCUCAGGAGUUCAUCUUGGGGUUGGCUCAACCGUUAGCUCUGAGGAAGCUCAUGAACUAUUACGCGCCCAAUCAGACAUCGGUGAGCCUCCAAGAGGCUUAUUUGUACGCAGGCGUUCUUAUACUAGCGUCGUUCCUUUUCAUCGUCGUCAACCACAACUACAUGUUCGGCUGUCACCAUUUGGGGAUGAAGAUUCGGGUGGCAUGUUGCUCGCUGAUGUACAGGAAAACGCUGAAGCUGAGCAGGAUAGCGCUGUGCGAGACAACGGUUGGUCAGAUGAUCAAUCUGCUGUCCAAUGACGUUGCCAGGUUCGACAGCUGCGUCAGGUACUUGCAUUACCUCUGGGUGGCACCUCUGCAGACGUUGGUGAUCAUGUACCUGCUGUACGAUAUUGCCGGCCUCACGUCGCUGUCGGGCUUCUGUUUACUGCUGGUUUUUAUCCCUUUGCAAAUGAUUCUGGGAAAGCUCGCUUCCAUAUUCCGUCUGCGCACUGCGAUAAGGACAGACGAGAGAGUGCGCAUCAUGAGCGAGAUCAUCGUCGGCAUCCAAGUCAUCAAGAUGUUCAAUUGGGAGAAAUCUUUCUCGUCGAUCAUCGAGAAAAUCCGGAAGCUAGAAAUAAAACAAAUCCGUCUGGCGUCAGUGAUCAGGGCGCUGCACGUAUCCUUCAGCAAAUUCAUCACCAGGACGUCGGUGUUCCUCUGCAUACUGGCCUACACCCUGCUGGGUAACCGUCCAAACGCCGAAUACGUCUACGUCAUCUCGUCGUUCUACAGCAUCAUCAAGACGACCAUGACUAGUAACUUCCCCCAGGCCGUUUCCGACCUCGCCGAGGUCCUGGUGUCGAUCAAACGGAUCGAGACCUACCUGUUGUUCCACGAGAUCAAGUCCAAGUCCGCGACCAAACAGUCCCAGAAGAAAAUCAUGCACACCUCGACGCCCCUGAUCAACGCGGCGAGCAAAAAGUCCAUCGGGGUCUACCUGCACGACCUGUCCGCCAAAUGGAACCCUUACCUAGUCGAGAACACCCUGUCUGAAAUCAACCUCAACGUCGGCUCGAAGCAGCUCGCGAUCGUAGUCGGAGAGGUGGGAUCGGGUAAAACCUCCCUGCUCCACGUCAUCAUGAAGGAACUGCAAAUCACCAAGGGCGUCAAGGACGUGGUCGGCAAGAUCUCCUACUGUCCCCAGGAACCGUGGCUGUUCCCGGGCACCAUCAAGCAAAACAUUUUGUUCGGGGAAAGGUGGGACUCGAAACGCUACGAAGAAGUGUUGAAGGUAUGCGCUUUGGAAAGGGACUUUGAGAUUCUGCCGUUCGGAGACAGGAGCAUUAUCGGCGACAGGGGAGUCUGUCUAAGUGGUGGCCAGAGGGCGAGGAUCAAUUUGGCGAGGGCCGUGUACAAGGAAGCCGACGUUUAUCUUCUCGACGACCCUUUGUCCGCCGUCGACACCCUGGUCGGCAAGCAACUUUUCGACGAUUGCAUAGCAGGCUUCCUCAAGACCAAGUGCAUCAUCCUCGUCACCCACCAGCUGCAGUACCUCAAAUCCGCCACCAAGAUCUACGUAAUGGACGGGGGUCGUAUCGUGGCCAGCGGAACGUACCAGGAGAUUCAAAACUCCGAGGACGAGUUCGCCAAGCUCUGUAAGGCCGAUCCGGAAGAUGCGGAGUGUCGUGGGGGCGGAAAUCUGUCGGGUUCGAAUUCUUCUUACUGCCCGGUAUCGGACGAAGAGCCGACAGAAGUGAAAGAGACCCGGUGCACCGGUUCGAUAGCGUCCAGGGUUUACAGGCAAUACUUCAAAGCUGGAGGCGGCUGGUGCUACACCGUGCUGGUGUUCGCUUUGUUCGUGCUAUCUCAGUUCUCGUCUAGUUCCGCGGACUACUUCAUCAAGUUUUGGGUGAAUUUGGAGCAGACCAGAUACGAGCGUAGCCACAGGAACCACACCACCGUCUAUACUUACAAAACCAUCGCGGACGAGAGCAGAAGCAGACUGGACUUGUUCUUCACCACCGACAUGUGUUUCUACGUCUACUCGUUUAUAAUCGGCUCGGUGAUCGUAUUGACCGUCAUCAGGUCGGUAUCGUUCUUCCAGUUCUGCAUGUCCGCGUCAGUGAGGUUGCACAACCGGAUGUUCGCGAGGAUAGUGAACGCGACGACGAGGUUCUUCAACGUCAACUGCCCAGGCAGGGUACUUAAUAGGUUCGCCAAAGAUAUGGGCUCCAUCGACGAGAAGUUGCCCUACGUCCUCAUAGACACGAUCCAAAUAGCACUCAACGUUUUGGCCGUGAACGUCGUCAUCGCGUCGGUGGACCCCUGGAUCAUGAUACCGACCCUGGUGAUAGCCGCCCUCUUCUACAUGUACCGCAACGUUUUCCUCAAAUCGAGCAGGAACAUCAAACGCAUCGAGGCCACCACGAGAAGUCCGGUUUAUUCGCACCUCAACUCGUCGCUGCGCGGUCUGACCACCAUUAGGGCGUUCGAGGCGCAGGAAAUGCUGCGCAACGAGUUCGAUGCGUUCCAAGACGUCCACAGUUCCGCUUUUUACAUGUUCCUCUGCUGCAAUCACACUUUCGGGUUCUGGCUCGACUUCCACUGCAUCAUCUACACCGCGCUGGUCACGCUCAGCUUCUUUUUCAUCGAAAACGAGACGUACGGUGGUAACGUAGGAUUAGCGAUUACCCAAGCGAUGAGCCUAACUGGUAUGUUCCAGUGGGGUAUGAGACAAUGGAGCGAAUUGGAGAAUAACAUGACCUCCGUGGAAAGGGUGGUCGAGUACGCUGAAGACGUGGACCAGGAGGCGGGCACCGAUGAGAAGGAACCGCCUAAAACCUGGCCGGAACGCGGCUCGGUCGAGUUCAGAUCAGUUUAUUUAAGGUACGCCAAAAACGAACCCUACGUGCUGAACAAUCUGUCGUUCAAGAUCAAGCCGAGGGAGAAGGUGGGCAUAGUGGGGCGUACCGGGGCGGGUAAGUCGUCGAUCACCGCCGCCCUGUUCAGGCUUGCCGAUGUCGAGGGCAAAAUCAUCAUAGACGGCAUCUGCACGCAGGACAUCCCUCUCAAGUGCAUGCGGUCGAAAAUUUCGAUCAUACCCCAGGAGCCGGUCAUAUUCUCGGGCACCAUAAGGUCCAACAUGGACCCGCUCGGGCAAUACGACGACAACGCCAUCUGGAACGCGCUGGCUGAAGUCGAACUCAAAGACUUCGUAUCCGAUUUGAAGUCGGGGCUGGAUACCAAAACGCUGGAGGGCGGGGCCAACUUCAGCGUAGGUCAGAGACAGCUGAUGUGCCUGGCGAGGGCGAUACUCAGGAACAACAAGAUACUGGUCAUGGACGAGGCCACCGCCAACGUGGACCCCAAGACCGACGCGUUGAUACAGAACACGAUCCGGAGGAGGUUCGAGGAUUGCACCGUAUUCACCAUCGCUCACAGACUAAACACCGUGAUGGACUCCGACAAGGUCCUGGUCAUGGACGCCGGUGAAGCUGUCGAGUUUAACCACCCCCACGUUCUGCUGCAGAACCCCGAAGGUUAUUUUUCCGGAUUGGUGAGGGAGACGGGAAAGUCCACCGCCGAUCACUUGGCGGAGAUCGCGAGCAAGAACUUCCUCAGAUCUUCGCAGCCGACGUAGAUGGUGCUCCGUGUUUUUUUUUAUCGUUAACUGUUAUUGUUAUUUUUUAUUUAUUUAUUGUAUCGUAUUUUUAUAUUUUUAUAAGAACUCGUUUUUUUCUUGUAACA